AGGACGACAUGCUGGCGGUUGGCAGUUGGGAUCAGACGGUCUACAUCUUCAGCUCUAGUAGUUCCAAGUCGCCACUGAGACUUCUGAAAGGCAACACCAGUUCGGUGACCCACAUGCAGCGCAGCGCCGAGGGAACAUAUUUGAUGACCAACUCCAAAGAUGGCCAGGUGCUGUACUUCAACGUGCUGAGCGGCGAGCGCGUGACGCAGGAAACGGUGAAGAACUGCAGCUGGAAGGACUGGAGCUGUCCAAUGGCCUGGCACACGAUGGGCAUGUGGGCGGCCCAGCGUCACUUCGGCAUCUCAGGGAUCAAGUGCUGUCGAGCCUUUCACGCGGUGACAGGUGAAGCCCUGCUGGCGGCCGGUGAUGUUUCGCACCAGAUAACGCUCUUCCACUUUCCGUCGUUGUCGGGAAAGCAAGGCUUCCAUCGCUACGAUGGACACGGGGGCUUCGUCUCGUGCAUGGCGACGUUGCCGGGCGCAGAUCCGACCACGGCAGCAGCGCUUUUGACGCUGGGUGCUGACGAUGGGGCACUGCUGCAAUGGCGCUUGGUGUCCCGAGCUGUUUCGGCUCGUGCUUGGCACGACGAGGAGAGGCAGCCACAACAAGCCAUGCGCUUGCGCGAAGGCACCAAAGCAGCCGCGCCGCGGCGGAGGCCCCCUUGGGACUUCGAGGACGCGGAGGAAGAAGCGCUGAAGGGUCGGGGUGCAGCACGAGGCCCCUGGGUGCAACACGGCGGCACGGACUUGCCGUACGCGGAGCAGUUGGAGGAGCCUUUGAGCCGACAGCGCCGUCGGCAAAGUGGCACAUCUGGAGGUGAGCUGCGUCUGAUGGAUAGACGAAGAAAAGCCACCUUGGGUGAGUUGGAGGAAGGCGAAAGACAAAUGAAGCAGGCUCAGAAAAGAAUGGAGAAAGAAGCAGAGGAAAGAGGUGAAAAGGCGUUGGAGGAUCAAACUGAAGUGGAAAGGGACGAAACCAGAGGCAGUGAGGUAGUUUUAGCUAGCCAAGCUGUUGUUGCCAAGGAAAGUUCCAAAGGUACUCCGAAGGCUGAGGUUCAACAAUCCCCCGCAGAUUCAGCAGUGAAGCGACCACAGUUGCUUCCUCCUUCGACACCACCACCUGUGCCGCCUGAGAGUUUUGCUUCACCAGCUAAGGUCACUCCACUCACCAAGGUGACUCCAGAAUUCGAACAGGUCGCAAACGGACCUGAAACCACUAAGGCCGCAAACAGUGUUUCAGGAAACAGGACUGGGGAAUCAGAGAGAGGAUCUGCUUCCAACCGGUCUCCACCAAGGAACACUGAGGCCUCUCCUGAUGUUGCACCGCUGUUCACUCAGGAACAGCUCAAUCAGAUCCGACAGAUUCAGGAUCAAGCUCCUUGGCUGUAUGCGCCGAGUCAAUCCAUGUUCACUCAUGCAAACACCUUCACUACUCCAGCACGUCCACUCUUUCUGACUCAAGAGGAGCUGAACAGAGGGGGAGCCGUCAUGUCACAGAGAGAUCCCCAACUGGAGUAUUAUCAAGAGAGAUUCAUGCAUGAUCAAGUUGAAAAGGAGGAGAUUAGGAAGACUUUGCGAAUGCUGGUAGAGGAGAACAGGCAGUUGAAGAAUAGACUAGAAGGUUUAGAGACCAGAAGUCGAGAAGAAGAAGAUCAGAAAUUUUCCACUCCAGAGGAAGAGUGGAAGUCGUCGCAAAGAAUGAAGCAGGUUGCCAGUGACUUGGAGGAGGCUGCCAAGAAGAAGGAGGCUGCUGAGACCCCCAAGGAGACACACAAACCCCAAGCAAGAACAAAGGAGGCCGCAGAACCCCCAGAGGAGGCUGCAGACCCCCCAAAGCAAGCAGAGGACACCCCAAGAGGAGAGGCAAAUGAGGCAGGACAGCAGCACUCAGAAAAGCCGAAGGGGCGAGAGGGCACAUCAAGCCGAGAAGAGUCUUUCACAGAAAAGACCAUGCAGUUUAUGAUGACGAUGAUGGAGACCAUGAAAGAGAUGCAAGGGAAAGUCAAUGAUGGCAAAGAGGAGACAGGGAUGAUCAGGGGCGUGGAGGUGGUUCGCAGUGGAGUUCAAGACCUUCCUGCGUUGCCUCCAUGGACUCCCAAUCUCGGACCCCUCCAACUAGGAGACUGGAUGCUCCUGGUUCAGCCGGUGAUAGCGGAUCUUUCCCUGUCAUCUGAGGAAUGGUGGUCAAAGAUGACCAAUCAAUCAGAGUCGUGGUAUCAGCAUCAUCUUUCGCUGGGACCACUGGAUCGACUUCAACACCUACCAGAUCCACCGAAGAUGCUGCAGGAAGAGAGAUGGCAAAGAUUGGAGCGCAGAGUGUCAACAAUGAUACUCCAGGCAUUGCCAGAAGCAGUGCGAGAGGAGCUGGUCUCAGCAAGGUCAAGCCUUCUGGUCGACACGGCCCCCUCAGAGGUGAACAUAGGCCAAUUGGCCACCCACAUCCUUUCUGAGGUUGAUCAACUAGCACACAUCGACAAGAAGGGAGCACAAGCAGGCCAAAAAGGAGAUCAGGCAAAGAUCAAGACAAUGGAAGUAGAUGAAGGAGACAAAGGAAAAGGAAAGGGCAAGGAGGCCCAAGAAGAAGCAAAAGGAAAGGCUCGAUGUAAGUUUUAUUUGAGCGAAGCCGGAUGUAGAAGAGGCAAGGAGUGCAGCUGGCCACAUGAAGGUAGUGAUGGGAAGCGCCGAUGCUACAUCUGUGGCUCCACAGAGCACCUCGCCCCAAGCUGCACCCGACCUCGAGUUCCCAACGAUGGAAGCCCAAGAAAGCAGAAGAGUGCCAAAGCCGAGGGGGAGGAGCCAAGUCCCCAAUUGAAGGAAGAAUCUCCAAGCAAGCGAUCUCCAGCAGAGCAGUCAAUACGGGAUCGCAAGGGAUCUCCAGCAGAGCAGUCAAUGCGGGAUCGCAAUGGAUCUCCAGCAGAGCAGUCAAUGCGGGAUCUCUUGGAGGAAGCCAACAAGAUGCUAAAGUCUCUCACCACGACGUCAAGUGCCUCUUCGGAAGCGUCAAAGGAAGAGGAUACAAAAGAGGAGAUCAUGCAAAGGCUACAGCAGCAGCUCAAUGCCAUCAAGCUCAAGAAGUUCCAGUUGAAGAGGAUGUCAAGAGGAUGGAAGAUGGGCCUCAUUGACUCUGGGGCCACGCAUCCCCUCAGGCCUCCUCGACCAAACGAAGACGUGGGGAGCUACCGCAAGGUGACAGUUUCCUUAGCGGACGGAACAGAAGCAAAGCUCCCAAUGACAUCAUCAGGUGUCAUGAUUGGCUUGGAUGAUGAUGUGGAGCCUAUCGUCCCUAUGGGACUCCUCACAGGGAAGCUAGGAUGUGAGAUCACAUGGCGGGGCACCGAGGUUCAAUUGAGUCACCCCAAGAAGGGCAACAUCAAGGUUCACCACAUCAACGGAUGUCCCCAGAUUUCCAGAAGGGAUGCCUUAGACCUGAUCCAAGAGCUCGAAGAAAAAGGAGCUGAGAUCGGAUCAACGGCCGCUGACUUCCAAGAAGAAUGGAGGUGGAUGCUGAAGCUCAUCGACCAGCAUCCGAUCUUCUCUGGGCUACCCCAAUGGCUGAAGCAGGAGUUGCCAGUGGAGCCAGGAGAAUGGUCAGACCUCCCUACAAACAG